UUUCAUUGAAUGGGUAUAGAGAUUUGGACUCUGAGGAGACAUGAAGCUCUCGCUGGCGUUCGCUUUAGUUAUUACCAACCCAUUACAUGUUGCUCCUAAAUUCAUAACGAACAUAUUAACAUAUUGAGAGGAAUUGACGUCAACCUUUUUUCCCCAACGUGCAGCAUUGGCCAGCAUCACCCGCCUCACUGCGUCCGUGCUAUCGCAGCGACCCGUGGCAUAUCCGGGGGGAAGACUAGCCUACCACCUAACAAGCACUAACUCAACGGCUUUAACAGGGACAGAGCUCAGAUUCCAGGCCAGUCUAGACGAAGCCAUGCCCCGUCAAACUCAUCAUGGCUGUCCCACCACCACCGCCGCCGCCAACGCCACCUCCUCCUUCAGGCUCCAUCGGCCGUGGCUGAUGUUGGUCCUCCUCAUGCUCCUGUGUCCCCUGGACAAUGUGCUGGCCCAAGGGGAAGGCAGCGCCCAGGCUCAGGCCCAGUCUCCCACCGAAGUCCUCCAGGACCUCCUGACCCGCUAUGGGGACAACUUCACCAUCACAGUGCCCCAGCUUCGGGCCCUCCUGUCCCACCUGAGUCGGGACCAGGGGGACGAGGCCAACAGCACCUCCGUCGCCGCGACCGAGAGACCACCGGUGUCCACGCCCAAAGCCAUCAGCUCCAAGUGCCUGGCGUCAGAUACCUUGGCCGUGUAUAACUUCAGCGAGCAAUCACGGCUGGAUGGACAGGGCUUGCAGAUGUUCUGCCCCACCAUGCUACAGCAAUUGGAUGCCGGUGCUUGUGGCAUGGAAAAGGAGGAGGGGCUUAGCAGUGAGCCCGCCCCCAGACCGACUGGCUUAGAAGUGUGGGGCUUCUCCUUCCUCAGUGUGACGCUGGUCAGUGUCUUCUCUCUCACCGGGGCCGUGCUGGUGCCGCUCAUGACCUCGCGCUACAUGCGCCGCGCCCUGGCCUAUUUCAUCGCUCUGUCCAUCGGCACGCUCUUCUCCACCGCCGUGUUCCAGCUCCUGCCCGAGGCGUUUGGCUUCGACCCCACUGUCAACAACUAUGUGUCCAAGUCCACGGUCGUUUUCGGGGGCUUCUACCUGUUCUUCUUCACGGAGAAAGUCCUCAAGGCUCUGCUGAAACGGAAAGAUGGGGAAGACGGCCAUGGCCACAGCCACAGCCACUUCCACGGCUCGGAGUGUUACUUGUCGGCCAACGGCGAUGCCGAGGGCGUGCGGGAGAAGCUCCAGGCCAACGGGGAAGCCCUGGGCGACAAGGCGGACGCCGGGGAGGGGGAGCUCAUGCUUAGCCCCGCACAGACACCACAGGCUGCCUCGGGCCCCGAGGCGGGUGCGGUCGCGGGCCCCAGCAGCAAACGGGGGGGAUGCUACUGGCUGAAGGGGACGGCCUACUCCGACAUCGGCACGCUGGCCUGGAUGAUCACGCUGAGCGACGGCCUGCACAACUUCAUCGACGGGCUGGCCAUCGGCGCCUCCUUCACGUCCUCCGUGUUCCAGGGAGUCAGCACCUCCGUGGCCAUCUUGUGUGAGGAGUUCCCCCACGAGCUCGGGGACUUUGUUAUCCUGCUGAACGCUGGCAUGAGCAUCCAGCAGGCGCUGUUCUUCAACUUCCUGUCUGCCUGCUGCUGCUACCUGGGUAUGGGCUUUGGUAUCCUGGCAGGAAACAGCUUUUCGCCUAAUUGGAUUUUUGCCCUGGCUGGCGGAAUGUUCCUCUACAUCGCUUUGGCGGACAUGUUCCCAGAGAUGAACGCGGUGAGUCGGGAGGAGGAGGAGGCCGGAGGCAGCAGCUUCAUCGUCAUCUUCGCCAUCCAGAACGCAGGGCUGCUCACCGGCUUCGCCAUCAUGCUUCUCCUCACCACCUACUCGGGCCAGAUGAGAAUGGACUAGCACUGGGAGCGCACCGGUGUGCAAAGACAGCUGGAACCUGUCUUAAAGAGCUGUAUGUGGGUGUGAACUGUACCAAACUAGACUGGAUAGCAUAACGGGCCUCACGUGUUUUCCUCUUGUUCUGUCGCUCUUUCAAUCUAGUUUCAACUCAUCCCUCAUCAGUGAGGCUUUGGUGCGGCAGGAACGCAACCCAAGCCGGCCGUCGCAGUACUCGUUCAUAUGCAGUCUGAUUGCUGUAGAGUUGUGAAGGCCCCCGUGACCCUUUCUUUUGUUCCUUUAGUUUACUUCUGUCCGUUUUACCCCUGCUGUAUGUGCACUAUUCCUGUGUGCCAGGCUGGAGAUAUCCAGGUAACUCCAUUCCUAGGGCUCCAAAGUACUUUUAGAAGCUUAUCAUGUGCGUGAGCACUGUAAGGCCCCUGUAUGCUGAACAUGAACUGAUGUGCAAUACUUAACCACCUGCUGAAACUGUCCUUCGUUCAUCAUACUAUUGAUCAGCCGCUUUGGAGCUCUGCUCUUCUUCAACUCCUCGUUCUCUACUUGGGCUAACUUUGCCUGGAAGGAUACGCAUUUAUAUCUGUGAUCGUUUGUACUCGUAAACCUUCCCAAGCAGGGAUAACCGUUACUUGAUAGACAAAGAGUUUUUUUAAUUUUCUUUCUUUGUUUGCUUCUAUUCAGAACCAAAAUAGUACAAAGGUACUGGAGUGUCGGCCCUGAAGUUACUAUGGCUAGACCGUGUGUGUGUGUGUGUGUGUGUGUGUGUGUGUGUGUGUGUGUGUGUGUGUGUGUGUGUGUGUGUGUGUGUGUGUGUGUGUGUGUGUGUGUGUGUGUGUGUGUGUGUGUGUGUGUGUGUGUGUGUGUGUGUCUUUUGGUUUUGUGAAAAUAAAUAUGUAUACGGAAUCUGUCGAGAGACCAAAUAUGGGCAGGCCAUGAAGAAUGGCGAAGGGCUGCAUUGGAAUAUGUAACCCUCUUUGGAAAGACAGACUUCCAAUCUCUUUUGUGAGAUCCCUGUUUUGUGCAAUGGUGUACUUAAAUCCAGUGAGGAUGACUUAAGACCAUACUUUAACCUUUUGAAGUACCCUAGAUCCGAGGUUGUUUUAGCGCACGAAGCACAUUUCAAACACCUGGUCCUUCAUCAAACUUCCAAGGUCAAUUUGGAUUGUUUCUCUACCCUGCCAUUCGUGUCCCUCAUUACCAAAGCAUUUAGUCCACCAUCCGCAUUUAUCUUACCGUCAUAUUCCAGGGGACGGAUGCAGAAUACUUGCCCGCACAUCUUGUAUACUAUUUUCCUAUAGUAAGAUAUGAAUUUCAGAAUAUUUGAAUAUUUUACGAUCUAUUUAAAUGUUUUGUUUAAAUACUGUAAACUGAGUAACCUAGGUGCAUAUGUUGACAAUGUGAUCAUAUAAGAAUACGUGUCCGUCUAAUUCUUAUUGAACAACAUAUUCUGUAGCUGGAUAAAACGCUUGUUCAUUAGGUCAAACUAUUUAAAAGUUGAGGGAAGGGAGAGACUUUGAUUUGGGACAGUUUGGCGUGGCUAAGUUAAAUUAGGCAUGGCAACAUUUAGCAGUUUGCUCAUACAACCAGCAUAAAUGACAUUAGGUAGUCGCUAUGGCUACUCUUGUCAGUCAACUGGGAUAUUGAAACCUUAUGUUGUGAUUUUAAAAGGCAGCGUUUAAGAAUAGGUUGGGAUUAGUAAAGUUGAGCACAUGUCUAUGGGGCCAUGGUGGACUUAUUUUUGAAGUCUAGUUCCCCAACUUUCUGAUGUGGCUAGAGCCUACUUAGACCUACAGAGUUGUAUGAUUAUUAUUUUAUGUUAUACAGUAAAGUCAGCUUUUAUUGAAAAAUCUAUUCUGUCCAGGCAGAUUAUUUCAAUCAAAGUGUGUGUCAUAGUAAAUCAGCAGAUCUAUAACUGUAAGCCAUUUUUGUGUUGAGGUAUUGCCUUUCCAAACCUUGCAACAGUGUACCAUAAGGUAUUCGAAGUCAUUGCUGGAUUGCUUGAGCCAUUUAAUUAUUUUUCUCAUUACUUUAAUGCUUUACUUAUGUAUGCAAAGACGAUGCAUCAUUCAUCGUCACUUUUUACC